UUUCACCGUCCUUAACACGGGUCAGUCUGUAUGUUAUAACUUCUAACUUUGCUUGUGCAACAGCGUGUUUUUUUCGGCAUAGCCCAUAUAAGCAAGCGAGACAGUGAGAGUUCAUUUUGGAAGCAGCGGAAAGGAUCGUGUUCACCGAAAGCGGAAGACUGCUCCAAGCUGGAAAAAAGCAUUUGCCAUUAUAAAGUUGAAUUGCUGAUUUAAACGCGACAUCGAUUAUCUGAUAGCUUUUUUCAUGCGUACCGUAUCUACUUUAUCUACUCGUCGUAAACAGGUGUUUUUUUUUCCCCAGCUGAUUUCUGCGAAGCUACAGGAGCACUAUCCUACUUUUUCACCACUACGCCACUACUUUUCUUUAAACUAGGUGCUGUGAGUGCGCAAUUUGUGGCCUGCCCUCCUUUUCACAAGGGUCUGCCAUUUGUGCCACAGAACAUACACCCAUACAGAGGCUGCACAGCCAGCCCCACCGGCCCCCUCCCACCCCGACCCCUGCGCUAUGAGCAGAGGUAGAGGAGGGCCUUCAAAAGAACACUAUUACAAACCUCCGCCACCCCACCUGCAGGCCAAGCAGCAUUACUACAGACCUGGCCCAGCCUCCCCCUACUCCAGAGGUGGCCCACAGCAGAUCCCCUAUCCAGUUGACUACUCUGGCUCUGCCCUCCCUAUAGCGCCCUUCCAGCCGCCAGCUCUCCUCCCUUCUGCCCCACCUCAGCCAGGCCACAGUCAGGUGGCAGCCCCUGCACCUGUAUUCCCUAACGAAUCAAAUAAUCAAAACAUUAGUUAUAGUCCUGCUCCCAAUUCCUUUCAGUACCAGCAGACUCAGUUCCUCAGAGGGCAGAGCUCUGAGGCUCCACAGUUUAGAGUCAAUCUACGGGGAGGUGGAGGGGGAGGGGCAUCCAGCUGGCCACCAAGUUCACCACACCAAUCCCAGUCAGGUUACAGUAGAUAUUCCCACCCCAACAGUAGCCCUGGGGGUAGAGCAACCUACAGCCGAGACCAGAAUUUCACAUACUCUGCCCCUAGAGGCACCACAGGUCCCCGACACCGGAAUCAAAACCAGGUACAAGGUAAAAAUCACAACCAGUACUCAAACAGACAAUGGUCCUGCCAAGCAGACUCUAUAUGUGAAAGUUUUCAGAGUUUGUCCCUUCAUAGAGACAGACCCUACAGAGGAGGAGAAAGUUUUGAUAGACCAUUUGGGUUCAGUAGUACAAUAAAAAAGGGUUUUAAGAAAGGUCACCUCACACUCACGCCCGACAUCCAGGACCAGGUACACAAGGCCUUGGAUGCAUUGAGUCCAGGUGAGAGUAUCUCUGCAAAAUCGUUGGCUAAAAAGCUGCGUCUGCCCAAAAAGAUAGUCAACCAGGCCCUUUACUCUCUGGAACGGACCCAAAACGCCUCCAAGCACGGACUCCAACCUCCUGAGUGGACUCUGUACAGAGACCCCAAGGAAAAUCAAAACUCCAAACCAGGAAGUCCACCUUCCCAGCUGUGGGGCAGUUCAGAACACUCUCAGAAACUCGAAGCCGAGCUUGAGCUAAAAGUAGAAACAGAAGAAAACAGGGGACAACACGGAGAAGAGGACUCUGACACUGAGUCCAGCUCUUCUUCCUGCUCUUCCUUAGAGUCGUCUGACUCUGACCAAAAGGAGUCCCAGUCACCAGCAAACUCCCAACACGAGGUGGAACAGCCCAUCACUGCAGACUUGGCUACACAGGAGCUCAAGCCUACCACCAUGGCAGACCAGAAGGAGCAAGUCCUGCAGUAUCUCCUGGAGACAGGGAAGGCUACUGCUCUUGUCAUAGCCAAAAACCUGGGUCUCAGGAAUGCUAAGCAGGUCAAUCCCACUCUGUACUCCCUGGAGAAGCAGGGUGAAGUUACUAAGAACAGUGAGGUCACCCCUCCCACCUGGGAGCUGUCCACCCGCCGCAGGGAGAGGAUGGAAAGGAGCCUCAAAGCCUCACAAAGCACCCCAGCUGUGGAGACCCAGAUAGAGCAAGACGCCAGUGGACAGGAGAAGGAAGGAGUGUCUGCAGCUCUGCCACCACCACCACCACUACAAGGGACCGAACCACACCCAUUGCAGCCGUGUUGGCAGCCACAGCAGCACUACAAUGAGGAGGAUGAUGAGGCCAACGGAGGACAGUGGGCCACUGACGACAUCCCAGAAUUCCUUAAUGCCAUCCGCCGAGAGACAGAUGCUGAGAAACUGGCUGCAGAGAGAGCGAACGCUAUGGGAACUGUUGCUGUAUCGCUGGCUGCCCCCCCUCCUCAGAACGUGUGGGCCAAGUUACAGGAGGUGAAGCUGAAGAACCCUGUCAGUGGCCUCAUGGAGUAUGCCCAGUAUCUGGGCCAGACCUGCGAGUUCCUGCUGCUUGACCAAUCAGGGCCCUCCCACGACCCAAGAUUUCGUAUGCAGGUGAUGCUUGAUGGGAGGCUGUUUCCUGCAGCAGAGGCCUCCAGUAAGAAGGUUGCAAAGAAGGACGCUGCAGCAGCCACCCUGCGCAUUCUCAUUGGAGAGACGCAGGGAGGGGUAAGCGCCAGUGACGAGGGUAACACUGCCAGUAUGGACCAAGUCAUGGACCCAGUCCCUGAUAUUGCUGGACCUGUUGGAGGCACGGGGGCGGUGUUUGGAACAGGGGUUAUGGAAGGCAUAGGAAUGGUUGAGGGGCCUCGCCAGCCGCUGUCCCGCUCUCUGCCUGGUGGGAAAAACCCAGUUUCUAUUCUAAUGGAGUACAGCCAGCGCACUGGGAACCCCAUCGAGUUCAUCAUCACUGGUCAGGAAGGACCACCACAUGAUCCACGGUUCAUGUACAGGGUGAAGGUCGGGGAGAGCUUGUGUGCAGAGGCCUCAGCCCCGAGUAAAAAGGCAGCCCGUCAACUGGCUGCUGAGGAGGCAGUCAAAGAAUUAAUGGCCGAUGGGAGACUGCAGCUCAAUAAGCCGCAGCUACCCAUCGGCUCAUCAAGUGACAGUGAGGGCAGUGGCUCUGGAACAACAUGCCCCUCUUUGCCCCCUCUGACAGCAGAUGAGUUGCGUGCAGCUCAUGAGGCAGGCGUGGGGGACCUGAUCAACCACCUGAACAACAACGCUGUGUCAGGGCUGCUGGAGUAUGCCAGAGCCCGAGGCUUUGCUGCUGAGAUCCGCCUGGUGGGCCAGGCUGGGCCGCCACAUGAGCCCAAGUUUACCUACCAGGCCAAACUGGGUGGACGCUGGUUCCCUCCCGUCUGUGCAUCCAACAAGAAGCAGGGAAAACAGGAAGCGGCAGAUGCUGCUCUGAGGGUUCUGAUUGGAGAGGCAGAGAGGGCAGCUCGCACCGGGGAACUCAUCCCAGCCGAGCUUCCUGUGAGUGGCAGCACUUUGCAUGACCAGAUAGCGAUGUUGAGUCACCAGCGGUUCAACGCCCUGACCACGCGCAUCCAGCACAGCCUUCUGGGACGCAAGAUCCUGGCCACCAUCGUCAUGAGAAGGGGGGAGGGGCUUGGGACUGUUGUCAGCCUGGGCACUGGGAAUCGCUGUGUUAAAGGAGAGGAGCUCAGCCUUAAAGGGGACACUGUUAAUGACUGCCAUGCAGAAAUCAUCUCCAGAAGGGGAUUUGUUCGGUUUCUGUACAGUGAGCUGCUGAGGCACUGCGAUGGAGCAGACGACAGUAUAUUUGAACCGGCUGAGGAAAACAAACUCCGGAUCAAAUCUGACAUCACCUUUCACCUCUAUAUCAGCACGGCACCAUGUGGGGACGGGGCUUUGUUUGACAAGUCAUGCAGUGAGACGGGGGAUGAGGUAGAGGGCCACCAGCCUCUGUUUGAGAAUGCCAAGCAGGGCAAGCUCCGCACCAAAGUGGAGAACGGUGAGGGCACCAUCCCUGUGGAGUCAAGUGCCAUUGUGCCCACCUGGGAUGGCAUCCAACAUGGUGAGAGACUGCGAACCAUGAGCUGCAGCGAUAAGAUCCUGCGCUGGAAUGUGCUGGGCCUGCAGGGGGCGCUGCUGACUCACUUCCUGCAUCCCAUCUACUUGAAGUCCAUCACGCUCGGCUAUCUGUACAGCCACGGGCACCUGACACGAGCUGUUUGUUGUCGACUGGCCAGAGACGGAGAUGCCUUCGCCCAGAGCCUCUCUCCUCCCUUCACACUCAACCACCCAGAGGUGGGCAGGGUGAGUGUGUACGACUCAACACGUCACACAGGGAAGACCAAGGAGUCCAGUGUGAACUGGAGCUAUCCAGACCAACUCAGUGUGGAGGUGCUGGAUGGAACCAAAGGCAAGCUGGAUGGGCACAAACUGGACGUGUCCCGAGUGUCCAAGUCGAACCUGUUUCGUCUGUUCCGCUCUCUGUGCCAGCGGUGUGGCCGCGCCGACCUCCUCACCCUGCCCUCCUACGCUCAGGCCAAGAUGUCAGCCCUGGCCUUCCAGCUGGCCAAGCAGCAGUUCUUCCAGGCCCUCAAUGUCCACGGCUACGGAGCCUGGAUUGGCAAGCCACUGGAGGAGAAGAGCUUCGAGGCGGCAGAGGGGAACGGGAACAAUGGAGGAAGUGUCCCCGCAGGAUACAGCGGCAACAAAAAUGGGGGAGUGACAGAGACCAAGAAAGAGGAGGCUUAGAGUGGUGCAGGACGAAAGGAGGGGAUGGUAUGAAUAUGUGGAGGGCAGGGGCAGAUGGGAUGGGUACACGGGGAGAAAAAGAAAAAACAGAGGGACAGUGAAUGGACGUGUUUUCAGCAGCCAGCAAUGUAUUUUGCUUUGGAACGGGGUCAGAGGCCUCGUCGAGGGAGUGAUGGAAGGACAGGAAGACAGCAGUGGUAAGCCCUAAGGAUGGGGGGUGGGAGGGGUGGGGUCAUGGUGGCAAGACGGAGUCAGGGACGGGGUAUGAAAAGGAGACAUAAUGUGUGUGAAAAUAAACCAACUUCUGAUAUGACCAAGAGAAAACAUGGGAUUUUUUCAACAGAGAUCUUUUUUAAAUUGCAGUAUAGAAUCCAAAUUCUCACCCCGGACAGAUGUCAUGCAUAAACGUGGAAAAUGGCCCUCACCCGGUGCAGCCUCAGAUUCCAGUGUAUAUAGGAAGCACAUCAAUGCCAACUUUUUCUCUGAUUGGUGACUAGCCAAAUGUUCACUGUCCAACAUGUGAGCCUUUAGCUCCCUUAGUACGUUGUCUUAGUCCUCAUUCAGACUUGGAUCCCUUUCUGAUCAAAACCAGCUCUGUAAGUUUUGAAAUUAGCACACACCUCCUCAGCCGUCCAUCCAUUCACAUGUUGAUGCCAUGAUCUCCAUUAGCACAGCAUAUGUCACUGCGCCCCUCUGAGCCAUCCCAGUUUCUCUGCUUUUUUAAUAAAAUUACUGAUGUCAACUACAAGAAGUACAAUAUUUCUGUUCUUAUUGCCUGUUUUUAUGUUAACAUAUAUAUCUUUUAUCUUCGGUUCUCUCACGUAGGUCAUCACUAGCUGGCCAUGCUCGGAGUCCUAGAACAUCUGAACGUUUGAGAUGUCCCGCUUAAGUUACUUACCGAUAUUGUUCAUGUUUUAAAACGGUAUUUAUGUCGUUUUUGUUCUUUGUUCUUGUUCUUUUUUAAUGUGCUCCCAGGCUUUCCUGCAUGGCUAGCUCUUGAGGACCUCCAGUGAUAUGAACAGUUUUGUCGUCUAAUGAGACAAUAAAUUCAGACUUUUGUUGAUUUGUUUAAGGUCUGAUGGAUGAUGCAAUAUAUACAUUAUGUACAUACAAAUACACAAACACACAGAUGUAUAUGCAAAUGAGGGAUACUUGACUAUAUGCAGUAUAUAUGUCUGUGUGUGUAUGUAUAUGUAUAUAUUUCAUGUAUAUAUUUUGUAAAUCAUAUCUGAAAUUGAUUUUGUAUUUUUUUUCUGUGAUGUUUUAACUUAUGCAAUAAAAUAUGCUGUUUUUUUUACCAAUGGAAAGUCUUGGAAAAAAUUAAACAUUAAAAGAGCAGCUAUGUUCAGCAGAG